AAAAACGAACACUAAACUGCUUCUUCGGUAUUUACUACCUGACAGACUUCAUUAUCUGUUUAAAACAGGCUUUGAAGAACAACGACAAUUGUGACUUAUUUCAUUUUUAAUUCUCGUCAGGAUGAUAAGUAAAGACACUCGCGCGUAAUACCUGCAAACUAGCCGCUAGCCAAAGUUGUUAGGUUUAGAAAACUUUUUACGUUGCACUAAAAAUUUGGAGAGCAAAAUUAAUGUUGUUCCUUUCACGAAGUAACACUAGUUCUGUCAAAUACAGACGUGUCUGUUGCUGUCGACGUGAAAAGGAAGAAAACAUUUGAUGAUGAGGGAUUUUUGGUUGCUCGGGCACAUUACGCAGAAGAUCAUGUAUAUCAUUUGUUGUAGCUUAAUCCCUUUAUAGUAUAUAAAAGGCUCCAAUUAUUUGCCAAUUUAAAUGCAUGGUAAACCUUUUUAACGUUGUACUCUUUAAGUUUAGUAUUUUAUUUUGUCAUUCAUUUUUAUUAUAAAGCGAUGAUUAGGACAGAAGCUGGCAUGGGCGGUUUGUCUGUCAAAUGUUGGAAACCACAAUCUGAACUUUGGUCUCAUAAACACACUUGGCUAAUUUGCAAGUGAUGCAAGGACUCCUGUUCAGCUGUACUUGGCCAUGGAGCGAAGAGAGGAAGAAGAGCUGGAGGAGAUCACGCUCCACUUGCACAGAAACGGAUUUUGUCCUCAGGCUUCAGCAGAAGAACGUGAGUGUCACCUGUUGCAUUUGCUCCAGUGCAGUGAGGGCAGCCUGACCGUAACCACUGAAGACCUGCAAACUUUACGCACACAGCAGGCCAGCGAGAUGAGAGAGGUGGAAAAUUACGUGGAGCAUAUACGAAACAUUCUGGAGGAGCGGGAAUCUCUAACAGCGGAGUAUGAACGCGACAACGAACAACUCUGUGCCGAGCUUGCGCUACUGAAACACCAGCAUGACUCCCAGUGUAAGGAGGUGGUGGAGAUGCUGGAGCAGGAGGGUCUAGCAGAGAUCAGCCAGAGCAGUGCCAGUGAGCAGGUGGCAUAUCUUCUAGUGGAGAGAGUCACUCUACUGGAGAGACUGGAGGCUGCCGAGAGGAAGCUGGACACUCAGACCCUCACCGGCAACCUCAGAGAGGUGCACCUACAGGAGGAGCUAGAUCAUAUUCGUCACACAUUGGAAGAGGAACUCAGGCAGCAAAAGGAAAUACUGCAGCACACAAAAGACAAUAUGAAAAAGGCCCACAGUGAGGAGCUCAAUAGAGAGCGCACAGAGCGCCAGAGGUUGGAGAGAGAUCUGGAAGAGGCAUCCAGUCAUCUUGCAAUGGCACAUAAAGAGAUUCGCCACCUGACUGAUGAGCUGAAUCUGGCUCAUAAGGUCCAGAACUUGUGUGUACCUGACCUGCAGAAAACUGGGGAGGAAGUGGAGCAGUUAAAACAGGAAGUGGACAAACUUAAACAGUGUGAUAUGGUGGCGCUGCAGAAGACAAAGGAAUGCAAUGAAAGGCUGGAUAGUGAGAUCAGAGUGCUGAGGGAUAGAGUUUGCACCUUGGACACAGAGAAGAGAUCCCUUCUUGAACUGGGAGUUGGGAAUAAUGUCAGUCCUUAUCAGUCACCAACUGAAGAGGACGAGAUACUCCACAAAAGGUGUCAUAGGGAGUCUGAAGAUAAAGACAGCCGCCUGCGAGAACUGGAGAGGAGGUUUCAGAAGCAACAGCAGGAGCAUGAGGAGCUGGUGGAGAGGAAUGAGGAGCUUGAGGCGCUGCUGGGGGAGGUGCAGAAUGCAGCUAAAGAGGAGCAGGAGCGUCAUGAGUGUGAGGUGGAGGGCUUACAGAGAAAGAUUAAAAGUAUUGAGGAAGAGUUGAAUAAGAGAAACAUUCAGAAAACUGUGAAGAAAGAUGAAGAUUGGUUUAGAGAGACUGACUCUGUGCUCAAAAACAGUGUUCAAGAGAGACUUAUGUUCCUUGAGGAUCGUCUUGUUGAGGAGAAAGGUUGGAGGAAACAGUUGGAGGUGGACUUAUCUGUAUCCCAGUCUGCUCUCAAAAAGGAUAAAGAGGUCAUGCAAAGAGACCACGAGGAGCUGAAGAGUUUACGUGUAGAGGUUCAGAGAUGGGAGGCAGAAUGUCAACAAGGGAAGACACUUAACAAGAACCUCACACAGAUUAAAGGAGAAAAGGGAAUUUUGGAAGAAAAGGUGGCCCAUUUGGAGCGUGCUCAGACACGACUCCAGGAUAACCUGACAUUUCAGACAGAGAACAGUCGGGCUGAAGAGGACCUGAGAGAGAGCAGGGGGCAGAUGGCAGAGCUUAAGACAGUGGUGGAAAAGCUAAGAACAGAACUGACACGACUGGAGAAGGAACACAGCACUCUAAGGGAUGAGCUGAUGGAGAAGCGUGGGCAUGUGAUGGAGCUUCAGAGGGAGCUCAGUGAGAGAGCCCAUGAGAGGAUUCAGAUGGACGGGGAGAAGGAGAGACUCAGUCUGGAGCUCCUGCAUGUGAAGCAGCAGCUACAGUUUGUUAGAGACCAGAUACCCAGACCAUCACAUGGUCACACGGCCAACCACAAACCUUCUGCAGGGGAUGAGGGUCUUUGUCAGCUGGCCUGUGUAAAGUCAGAGAUGAGUAAGCUCCACUCCACCCUGGAGGAGGAGAGACAGCUGGCCGACCAACACCAGCUUGCCCUGCAGUCCCAGAUCAGUGAAGCUCAAGUCUGGGCUAAGCAAAAGGGAGAGGAGAGCAAACAGCUGAGGCAGGACCUGCACAGAACCCAGCACCUUUUCACCUCUGCUGAGCGUGAGCUGCGCUAUGAGAGAGAGAAAAAUCUAGACCUUAAGAGACACAAUGCACUUCUAGACCAAGAGAAGAUCAAGCUAUGUGUCGAGUUGAAGCAGGCCCAGGCCAAAGUAGCUCAGCUGGAGGCAAGCACAGCAGGGCAGGUGGUACAGCUGGAGAAACUACAGCAAAGGGCCAGAGAUCUGGAAUUGGAGGUGGCUAGAACCAGUCACAACAAACAGACUAACAGCAGCUUUAUGGAAGAACUGAAUGCAGAGAGGGCACGAGUGAUCGCUGUAGACAAGAAGGUUGUAGAACUGCAGCAGCAGCUGAAGAACACUCUGCACCAACUGCGUCUGGAGGAGGCCAGAGCAGGAGAGACCAGCAAACUGGAGAGAGACACAAGAGACAUGUCUGAUAACCUGUCUGCUCUCAGAGCCAGACUGCAAGAGGAGCAACUCCAGAGGAAAUUACUAGUGCAGAAAGAUGAGGAACUCCAACAGCAGGUGCGCUCAUUGUGGGUGAAGGAAGCAACUCUGACCCGCACCAACUCAGAGCUGUCUCACCGCACACAGGAGCUAGAGACACGACUGCAGGUGCUGGACAGUGACCUCAACAUGGCCAGAGAGGAGCAGAGACUUAACCAGAAGACAAGCCACAGGCUGGAGGAGCAGCUCCAGUCAUCCCAGCAUGAGUCUGAAAGACUGCAAGAGGAACUGAAGCUGGUCAUUCAGCAACUUGACUCUAACAUCAGGAGAUACAACGAGAAACAGUCUCAGCACAAGAUCAAGUUGUGUAGAGCCAAACAGAUCUUCAUGAAGAAAGUAACCCAACAUGAGCACAGGAUCCAGCAGCUGAAGAAUGAUCUGGUUCUUGCCUCAAGUCUUUCAGAGAAAGAGAAGGACUGGAUUAAGACUGUGACAGAAGAAAAUUAUCAGCUUCUCCUGGAGAGACGAGAGCUUCUGCAGAGAAUAAGUGAGGCAGAGGAGAUGGGAAAUAAUGGACUGAGAACAGCUACUACCAUUCAGCAGAGGGUUAAAUUCCUAGAGAUGGAGAAUAAUCAGCUGCAGGAAAAAAUCCUCACACUGGCCAAUCAAAUAGGAAUUCUAGACCGUGCUUUGAGAAACCUUCAGUCGGUGUGUACUGUUGAGGAGGUCAAGAAAAUGUUUCCUUGUGGAGCUCAUCCUGAUGGCCUAUUGUGGACAUCGACUCCCUGUCCAAAGCCUGGACUCUGUGACUCAUGGGGAAUAUUGGAUGCCAUUCGCAAAGUCAAAGUGUGCGAGUCUGGAGUGAAGAGCUUGGAGAUCUCCUCGCCUGUGCCCGUUUUACAGUCCACUGAGAUAGGAUACCUGAAUGUGACCUCCCCUGUGGCUCCUAACACCAGAUUGGAGCAUGAAGAGGGUCUCAGUGUCACCAAUGAUGAGACCUAGGAGAGUUUGUCUUUGUGAAAUGCCAUUACAAAGUUUGCCAACUGUAAAUCUGACAAGUCACUGGCUAGUUUAGGCUUAAAAAUAAUGCAAGCGAGCUGCAGAUGGAUAGAUUUGGUUAAAAAACUCACUCAAGAAAUGGUUUCUAACUGUGGCACACAUGACUGUUUCAUGUCUUAAAGGGAUAGUUCACCCUAAAAUGAAAAUUGUCAUCAUUUACCGUACUCGCCCUCAUGUCAUUCCAAACCCAUAUGACUUUCUUUCUUCAUUAAACACAAAAGGAGUUAUCUAGCAGGAUGUUCAAGCCACUCUUUUCCAAACAAUGAAUGUGUAUUGUGUCAUCAGCUGUCCGUGGUCCUCAUCCAAUUUAACUGAAUGGAAAAUAGUGGCUUUAACAUUCUACUAAAUAUCUUCUUUUUUGUUCCACAAAAGAAAGUCAUACAGGUUUGGAAAAACAUAAGGGUGAAUAAAUGAUGACAGAGUUUAGAUUUCUGGGUGAACUAUCCCACAUUUUAUUUCCCCAUUUAUUUUGUUAACAGGAGUAUGAACACAUGAAUUAAUACACAGUCUCAUUACAGCUUGGCUGAAUUCACUUGCAUUGCCUUUGUGGCUCACAUCGAGUCUGAGAUCGAGAUGCCUGAGAUUUCAAAUGCUAUAGUCAAAAUAGCCUUGUCAUUGGCCAGUUCUGAUUUUACUGUUUGCCCAGAGACCAGGAAAAGUAUACAUUUUCUGUGGCAAAUCUGUAAGAUGCCAUAUAUAUAUAUAUAUAUAUAUACACAUACAUACACAUUUACCUUGUGUUAUACAUUUACCCAAAGGUACAUCAAUAGAGAAGCACUUAAAGCACUAUUAAUCUGAUGUUAAGACGGUAAAAUCUGCAUGUGUUUACAACUGAAAUGCACUAUUGCCUUUUGAUAAGCAUUAAGUAUUGGAAAUCAAGAGUGUUUUUGUUUUAUUGAGAUCUGGUCUAAAUGUCAUUAGAUUGCAAAUGUUAUUGAUGUUGAGAGAAGUGCAGUUAAACCCCUUGCAUUUGUCCGUAAUGGACACUGGGAUGGUCAUACUUGUCGAGACAAUAUCGGUGUUACAUAAGAUUGGUUUAGUUCACUGUGUAAAGACAAAUACAUAUUAAGGCUUUCAUUAUAUCUUCUUUUCUGGAGUUAGUUUAUAGAGUAUGUGAGUUGGUGCUCAGUUAAUGUUUUCACAUCCUUUUUAUAAGGAGUUAUAGAUUAUGUAGUCUGUUCAAUGAUUUCUUCGCACUCUCUGUUUAUUUGUAGUCCUCAGAGACUGUAAUAACCUGUGAUCUGGGAGCAAAAUCAGCUGAUGUAGAGGAGAACUAUUGUAAUAUCAUUUUGAACUGUGGCAGAGGUAUCCGGAUCCUGCAGUAGUGCCUGUAUAUAAUGUGAGCAUUGUAUCCUGCUGCUAUACAAUCUUAGGAUGCAACUUUCACAACAUAUUAAUAUAGGGCUCCUGGAACUGCGAAUGGCAUCAGUGUACGAGGUACACAUUGACAAAGCAUGUAUUUUCUUAAUAAACUUAUUUUCAAGG